AUGUCCUUCACAAACGCCCCUGUCACGCGCAGCCUCGUCUUGGGCCUCGUCUCGGCGUCGAUAGGCGCGAGCCUCUUUGACAUCAAGCACUAUUUCUACAUAUUGAUCGACCCACAGAUCCUGCGAUACCACCAGACAUGGCGCCUGCUGACGUACCAGCUCUGCUACACCAACUCGUCCGAGGUGCUAUUUGCCUGCAUGACACUUUACCAGAUGCGCGUCGUUGAGCGCAUGUGGGGGUCUAAGAAAUACGCGUCCUUUAUCGCAACGACAACCCUCCUUACGUCAGUCAUACCACCGGUCUUGGCCUAUGUGUUGAGGGUCGUAACACUCGGCCAUGCCAACUAUAUCCCGGCCGGCCCAACAGCCGUGGUGUUUGCAAUCUUGGCCCAGUACUAUUCGAUAGUGCCACACAUGUACACAUAUCGGAUAGCUUUCUCGUCGGCGGCCGAGCCGCCGCCCGAGAGUACUGACGACUUUGUGGGCGUGGCCUUUUCGGACAAGUCGUACCGCUACUUCCUUGCUGCACAACUAGCACUGUUUCAGUGGCCCGGCUCGCUGUUGACGGCAGGCGUUGGCUGGAUUGUCGGUCACGCAUGGCGCAACGGCGUGUUGCCCGACCGGCUAACACGGUGGCGCAUUCCCGGCUGGGUGGUGGGCGAGCGGCCGUACAAACGCCGAGAGGAGUUCGAAGGCCUGCGCAGACGGUUGGAAGAGGAGGACACGGUGCCAGGUGCUGCCGGCGCCUCUAGCGGAGUCGACGGUGGGUCGGGCGAUGCGGGCAGACGGCGGAACAUGGGACAGCAGGUCCUAGACCGGUUCGGGGGUUCUCUGUAA